UCACCUGUUUCCUCGUCUCGUCUACAAACAGCCUUCCUUUCCAUCCACCCGCACCCAUCCCUUCCCCGCAUCCGCGCCGCCACCGCCCCCUCUCCCUUCCACGAAACCCUAAUCCUAGCACGCAUCCUCAUCCACCUCGGGAGGGAGCGGCAGAGAGCGGCGGCGCGGGCAGCAUGUCCGCGGCGGUGUGCGGGAAGCGGGCCUCCUCCUUCUUCGAGGAGCAGCAGCACUCCCCGCACGCGGGCACCCCUCCGCCCUCCAAGCGCGCCCGCUUCCGCGCCGGCGGCGGCGGCGGGAGCCCAUCGCCGCCACGGCCGCGAGGCGGUGGGAGCGGCGACCCGGCACUCGUGGCCGCGAUCCACGCCAGGUUCCCCUCUGUGAGCCUCGAGUUUAUUGAGAAGGCUCUGGAAGAGGGUGGAAAUGAUUUUGAUUUAGCAACAAAGUACUUGCUUAAUUUCCAUGCACAAUCUGCCGAAUGUGAUGCAGCUAAUGGGUACCAAUCUCCCAACGGGAUGACUACUGAGGAUCAAGUUCCUGCAGAAGGUAUUUUGGUUGACAAUGUGGUUGCUGCACCUGUAGAUAGUGUUCCUUGGGCAGAAAACCUUCCGUCAAGCAGCACUCAAUGGUCUGAGGUUCUUGUGAAGGAGAUGAUGAGUGCCUCCAACACGGAUGAUGCAAAGGCUCGUGCUUCCGGAGUACUGGAGGUUUUUGAGAGGGCCAUGACCUCUCGUAUUGGUGCAGAAGCACUUCAAAAUUUCCAGAAGGAAAAUUUGGUUUACAAGGAACAAUUUGAAGCUGUUAUUAGGGAGAACGCUAUUCUGAAGAAAGCAGUUGCAAUACAGCAUGAGCGCCAAAAGGAGCAAGAUGAGAGAAGCCAGGAGCUUCAGCAGCUGAAGCAGUUGGUUGUUCAGUAUCAGGAACAAGUUAGAAGCCUUGAGGUUAACAACUAUGCCUUGUCCAUGCAUCUCAGGCAAGCGCAGCAAGGCAGCUCGAUUCCAGGGCACUUCCAGCGUGACAUUUUCUGAAUAAGUGGAAACCUGAACUGGAGGUUUCCAUAGCAUCAGGAUAGCAUUUCACCCUUUCAGUUAGUGGCAUGUCUUGUUAUUGGCCUAUAUUUAACAUAUAUAGCCAAAUGAUAACGUAUCUUAAUUUAUGUUGUAUACCAGUGUAAAUGUAUGCCCGUUGUUGGCACGCUGCUGCCCUCUGCAGUUGGGAGCUGGGAGAGCAAGCAGCCCAACAUCGGCGUAUUGUUGUCCAAAAACAGAUGUUACUAUGUUAUCGAUUUAGAGAGAGAAAAGAUGAAACGGCGUUAAGUUAUA